UUUGCGAAAGUAACGGCGACGAACCCCAUACAAAGCGAUUCCCGAACCAUUCUCCAACGACAUGUUGCAGAGGCCCCGACGACGCUGCGAGGGCACCGCGAUGGGCUCCACCGUUUUCGAUCUCCGUCCUGGUCUCGGUAUCGGUCCUUUCACUCUCGGGAUGCCAAUAUGCGAAGCAUUUGCUCAAAUAGAACAGCAGCCAAACAUUUACGAUGUCGUUCAUGUUAAAUACUAUGAUGAGGAGCCUCUUAAACUGGACAUUGUCAUUAGCUUCCCAGACCAUGGGUUCCAUCUCUGCUUUGACCCCUGGUCUCAGAGAUUACGUCUUGUUGAAAUUUUUGAUGUUAAACGGCUUCAGCUGCGCUAUGCCACUUCCCUGAUUGGGGGACCAUCCACAUUAGCUACCUUCGUAGCUGUCUAUGCAAUUUUUGGGCCAACCUUUCCUGGAAUAUAUGACAGAGACAGAGGUGUUUAUACUCUAAUUUACCCACAGGGCCUGUCAUUUGCUUUCCCAAUCCCUAGCCAGUACACAGAUUGUUGGCAUGAUGGUGAAGCGGAAUUGCCACUAGAAUUCCCUGAUGGAACCACCCCAGUUACUUGUCGUCUCUCUAUAUAUGAUGGUUCCACCGACAAAAAGGUUGGUGUUGGAUCCUUGAUGGACAAGGCUAUUGCUCCACUGCUACCUGCUGGCAGCCUAUACAUGGAGGAGGUUCAUGUUAAGCUGGGGGAGGAACUAUAUUUCACUGUAGGAGGCCAGCACAUUCCUUUCAGUGCAUCACCACAGGAUGUGUGGACUGAAUUAGGUCGUCCUUGUGGAAUCCAUCAAAAACAGGUGGAUCAAAUGGUUAUUCACUCUGCAUCAGAUCCCCGUCCCCGAACAACUCUUUGUGGGGAUUAUUUUUACAAUUAUUUCACUCGUGGUUUGGACAUCUUAUUUGAUGGCCAGACACAUAAAGUCAAGAAAUUUGUUUUGCAUACAAAUUAUCCUGGUCAAGCAGAUUUCAAUUCGUACAUUAAGUGCAAUUUUGUCAUCCUAGCUGGGGGAUCUUUUUUGGAUGCAAAUAACUACAAAAACAGGAUUACCCCAAGCACCAAGUGGGAGCAAGUGAAGGAGAUUCUUGGGGAUUGUGGCCGAGCAGCUAUCCAAACACAGGGUUCUACCAACAAUCCUUUUGGAUCUACUUUUGUGUAUGGUUACCAGAAUGCUGCCUUUGAGGUGAUGAAGAAUGGUUAUAUUGCAACUGUAACUCUUUUUCAAUCAUUGUGAUCUUGUCUGCUAUGCUGCUUCUCUGCAGUCUUUUCCUUGAAUUUGCUAGGUUGAUGUUUGCUCCUUUGCAAGGAGGAAAGCGGGUGGGUUUGUGCAGUUGGUUGUGGAAGCAGUAACUAAUACAACAUCAUUUGUAGAAAACAGAACUGGGGAAGCUGUGAUAAUUGUACACUUGUGUAUUCAUCUGUAUAGUUCAUUCAUGCUAUAUAUAAUUCAAUGGCCGUGGAUCAUCUGUAAUUACUCUUAAGCUAAAAGGAUGACGCUGCAUUUCACAUAUCUUCAAUAUUGCUUUGUAUAUAUUAGUAUUUCAAUUGCGUUGUCUUCUUGCAAUCAAACUAACAUACUGCU